AUGGCCAUUCAAAAAUUCGAAUCUACGUAUACAGCCGUUCUCCUGGAACUAUUCAAUGUGGUGGUGAAAACUUCAUUAGAUGAACUCACUGCCGUACCGCGCUUGGCUUAUCAGUCCCUAAUAUGCUACUCCUCGACUCUCCAGUACCAGCGUAAUGAAAUAUCCUACGAUGAAUACAAGCGACAUCUGGAGGCAGAGUGGAAUCUGCCGCCCCGUGUCAUCGAUACUAUGUUUGCGCAGGUCCGGGGGACUAUGACUGUCAACACAGACCUGCUCGAGCAGCUCCGUCGCCUAAAGACUACGACAGGUGGCCGGCUACAGAUCUACGCUGUCUCUAAUGCGUCAGAGAAAGACUAUGCCCACAUUCGGUCAUUGCCGGUAGACUGGACUAUUUUUGACCAUAUCUUCACAUCGGCCGAGAUGGGGAUGCGCAAGCCUGAGCUACGAUGCUUUCGCCAUGUGCUUCAAAGCACUUCUAAGUCGCCGCACGAAAUCAUCUUUAUUGACCCGGAGCCGGAAAAUGUUCUGACGGCGCAGUCACUCGGUAUGAAGGGCAUAAAAUCAACAUCUGCCGCGGAGAUCGAGCAGAUUCUGCACAAUUUGAUCCUGGAUCCACUAUCGCGAGCACGAUCCUUUCUGCAACAGCACGCAAAGCAGCUACACUCGGUCUGUGAAAACGGCACCAUUAUGAAAGAGAACUUUGCUCAAUUGCUGAUUCUAGAGGCAACAGGGGAUAAGACCCUCAUUGAACUGGAACAUAAGGACAAAUCUUCUACAUGGAACUUCUUCAUAGGGACUCCAAUCUUUACAAAAUCAAACUUUCCCGACGAUCUGGACACUACUUCCAUGGCCACCACUGUGCUAGGGAUAGAGGAGAAAGAAGCCCAUCAAUUACUAGAUCGGAUGCUACAAUACGUCAACCAGGAUGGCCUCAUCUUGACCUUUUUCACCGACCGCAAAAACCGCAUCGACCCUGUCGUGUGUGUGAACGUACUGACGCUCUUUUACACAUAUGGCCGUGGCCAUGAACUCGCGCCGACGCUGGAAUGGAUCCGCCAGGUGGUGAUCAAGCGUGCGUACAUGCAUGGAACCCCGUUCUAUCCUAACCCGGAGCAGUUUCUGUUCUUUUUAGGGCGGCUGCUUCGGCAUGUGCCACACCUCGGCGGUAUUUUCGAAGAGCUGCGACAACUUCUUCGCGAACGCCUGAAGGAACGACUGGGUCUACCUGCCGAUCCUAUCGCACUUGUCAUGCGCCUGAUUUCCUGCAACGAGAUGGGUAUACGGGAUGUUCGUGGAAUGAAUCGCCUGCUGGCCAUGCAAUGUGUGGACGGGGGAUGGGAGCCUGGGGCGAUGUACACAUAUGCGUCUAAGAACAUCUCCAUUGGAAAUCGCGGGGUGUCGACUGUGUUUGCCAUACAGGCAAUUGAAGGGUAUCGAAAGCGAUUCUAG